GAACGUCAAGGAUAAGGAACAAGCCCCAAAUAUCUAGCUGCUGUCACGUUCUGUGGGCUGGGAUAUGUAUAUAUAAAAUACAGAAGUAGAGUAUCAACUUUUCGUUUUUCGGUCGACAUAUUGAUCACUUUUCUGAUCCGUCAUAUUCAUUAUUGGAACUUAUGGAGAAGGCGGUUAACGUGUUUGGUCGCGGCACUCCUGCUGGCGACGCGAUCUAUCGUUGCUAUGCGGUACCAUUAAAGCCUAGCACCCUGGACCCUGAGCUUGCUGCCCUAUUGGCAAAGCGACGUCGGGAACGAGAGGCUUCCGAGGCCGCUAUGGUGCACCCAAAGCCCAUUCCAAAGUCUAAAGCGCCUGUCCACCGGCCACGAGUAGGUUUGGGUGCACGGCCUAGCAGCACAGACAUUGCCUGCAUGCGUCUGAGAUGCAUUCCACACCGAAAGCCACUAGAGGCGAUUGAGCGGGAGAAGUGCCAGCAGAGUCCUCCCAGGCCACCAGCUUAUACCAAACCACCUUUAACUGAAGCUGAAAAGGAUCGUCUAGGCGAUAUCAUGCACUAUGGCCAUGAGCUACCACCAGUGGACAAACUAUCGGCCCUGCAGCGUGUCCGUAUGAGACAAAUAGAUCCCAUUUUUGAUAUCAAAGAGCGCUUUAAUUCACUUGAGGAGCAUGCAAAGGAGAUUUCUAAGGAAUUGCGCGAAAUGCGAAGAGGAAGCCAGCCAAACCCUGGCGCCGCUGCCGUAGAUGUAAUCCAUAAUCUUACUUUAGAGACGGAUACUGGUAGCGACGCUGGGAGAGCAGGCUCCAGCAUUGAACACCAAAUGAAGAAUAAAAGCCAUGGAAGCCAUACCCGACUUGCCAAACAUCGUGAAACAACACUUAGCAUUGUAGAACAGCGCCAUCGCGAGCGGGAGUUAGUUGAGAUGCUGGAUGCUGUCAUUAGGGCUAUGGAGGAGCUCGACACUGAAAUUAGAAGCAAGCAGGAAUUAUAAUGAUAAUAUUUUUUGUGGAAGAGUACGCAAACUCGAGACAUUAUUAUUAUUAUUUCAGGUUCCUUUCAGUACCAUAAUCUGAAAAUGAGUAAAAAAGCAUAAGUCUUUGUAUGUGCGAAUGUAUUGUCCACAGGAAGUGCGCCGUUUUCGUUAGUUAUACCUAUGCUUAUAAAAAUA